GGCUAGCCCUCGACAGUCACUCGCUAACAGCCAAUCAGAGCUGGCGUAUCUCGCGCCAAAACGGCCAUCUUUCCGCGGUAUUUUCCAAAAAUAAUUCAAAAAUCGAACACCGAAACCGUAAACCGACCGCCCCGCCGCCACCACCGCAUUAAAAAACAUAAAAUCGUAUGCGAACUUUUUAGUGCAGACGUAAAGUGUGUGGGAUGUAAACACAGGUGAAAUAGGGUAGCGAGCGGUUGCAUGUCCGUAAAUUUUGUAGUGCCUGCUUUGUUCCUUUUUCAAAGUGGAAAUUAAAAAACGUCUAGGCGUUUGUUAAUCUGUGUUUUUUUUUCUAAUGUGACGGAUAACUGACACGACAAAGGAUUCAGUGUAAGGGUUGCGACCUCCUUACAGUUUUCAGAUACCAGCGCUCUCAAAACCGAAGCAGAGGCCAUUUAAAUACUAAAACCAGUAAAUAAAUCACCGAUCGGCGGCCAUUAGCAUUACAAAAUAGAACAUCCCGAAAACAAUGGCGUCCAAAUCCGAAUGUUUAAAUUUAGAACGCUCCAAAACCGGAGGGAAGUCACACUUCCGCUUUUAACAUGUGAAUUCGGAAUUCAAAAAUAGUUCGGUCACAAUUUUAAGGGUGCGUUCGAGAUAUGCUCGUUAUGUGAUUAUGUCGCGUUCACGAUAAUCGAUACCGGGUUUUUUCGCAGUGUAAAAUGUGCAGUGAUAAAAAUAGAUUCGUGUGCGCUAGUAAUGUGUUUAAAAAGCCGUUGUUUUUGUUGCUGCGGACUAAAAUGUUAGUGGUUUUAGUGCUAGUUUCUCUGUGCGGCUGCUCGAGUGGACAUCAGGAGCAGAAGUUUGCGAUGGAACCUCAAGAUCAGACGGCAGUGGUGGGAUCCCGAGUCACUCUACCCUGUAGGGUCGAACACAAGUCUGGACAGCUGCAGUGGACGAAGGAUGACUUCGGGCUGGGGCUCCAACGGGACCUGAGCGGCUACGAGCGGUAUCGCAUGAUCGGGAGCGAUGAGGAGGGCGAUUACUCGUUGGACAUCAGAGAUGUGACUCUGGACGAUGAUGCCAAGUAUCAGUGCCAAGUCAGCUCCGGACCAAGAGGCGACACUGCCAUCAGGUCAAGAUACGCCCGACUCACCGUGCUAGUACCGCCGGAACCUCCUCGCAUCCUGCAGGGGAAAUACCACUCUACGACUGAGGACAGUGAGGUGAAAUUGGAGUGCGUCGCUGUUGGGGGAAAACCGCCCGCUGAGAUAACGUGGGUGGACAGCAACGCCGGUGUCCUUACACAGGGUGUUAAUUACACCGUGGAGGCUCUAUCAGACGGACAGCGGUACACCGCAAGAUCCGUGAUCACGAUGACUCCGAAGCAAGAGCACCACAACCAGACGUUCACGUGCCAGGCCCAGAACACGGCCGACCGGGCUUACCGCUCCGCCAGCAUACUCAUAGAGGUCAAAUACGCACCAAAAGUCAAGUUGGUGAUCAACAAGAAAAAUUCUAAGGGAAAAAUCCCGGAAGGCUCCGAUGUCACUAUUUCGUGCGUAGCGGACGCGAACCCCUCCAACCUGACGUACCGCUGGUUCCUGGACGAGCAGCAGGUCGUCGGCAACAACACCACGCAACUGGUGAUUCGCAACAUCACUCGGGACUACAACGAGGUGAUACUGAAGUGCGUGGUCUACAACGCUGUAGGCAAAAGCGAGGAGACGGAAACAUUGGAAGUUACAUACCCGCCAUCCUUCCGCAGCCUACCCCGAGACGCGGAGGGCGAGCUGGACUCCGCCGUGGCGCUGGCCUGUGGGGUGGACGGACACCCGCCGCCCGAGGUCAUCUGGCUGCACCAUGAGGAGGAUCAGAACAUCCGGGUAGGCAGGACUGCGAACCUGACGCUACACGUGGACACCCACACGGCCGGCCGCUACGUGUGUCAGGCCACCGUGGAGGGGUACCCGCCGAUCGAGGCGGAGGCUAAUGUGUUUAUUAAAGGUCCGCCAAAGAUCCUGUCCAACCGCACCCAGUUCGGGUCCCCCGGCGCCGCGGUUCGCCUGGAAUGCGCUGCGCUCGCCGUGCCCCGCGUCGACAGCAUCGUGUGGACCUUCCGGGGACAGGAAAUUGAUACUAUACAUGAUCAGGAAUACACCUUCCAAGAGGACCUUCAGCCCGGCGGCGUCGUCAACUCCUCCCUCAUCAUCAGGGACAGCCAGGCGCGCCACUUCGGGGUGUACCGAUGCAACGUGUCCAACGAGUACGGCAGCGAUUGCGUGGACAUCGUGCUGACGCCGCAUAAAACGUUCCCGCUCCUCCUAGUCUCAUUCGCCACCGUCUCCGCCGCGGUGAUGCUGCUCAUAACCCUGGCGCUACUCCUGGUGCUAUGCCAGAGGAAACAAAGGAAGAACAAGCUAGCGCAGACGGUGAAGAAGCCAGAUGUCACGGUGACAGCUGAAGAGUUCUUCAAGGAAGAUAGGAACUCUAAUAUCAGUGAUCUGAAGUUGGAGCUGGCUCAUGGCAAUGGACAUUGCGAAGUGGAUUACUCCAACACCGGGUCAGACAGCACUCUCUGCUCCAACGCCAAGCUCGGGGGCGGGGUCCCCUUGGCCGGCACGGUGCCGCUGCCGUCGCUCCAGAGCAAGACUUACCAGUCGUACCGGUUCAGCAAUGAUUACAGUGAUCCGGCUUAUGCUGAUUGCUAUAAGCCCAAUGGAUACGGGAACGGAUAUCAAACAUUCGGCCAUUUCGGCCACGACUACACGCCCGGCUCCCUGCGGGUCACAUCUCCCACCGCUGGAGAUAAACUCACGCCGAACAGGUCCGUCAACGGCAGUCUACCCAGGAGUAUGGACUCUGGUUCUGUGGUUCAGUUCACACAGGGCAACAACUCACAGACCAACUCGUUGAAGAGAGCCCUAGGGGUGAAAGCACUCGAUAGCAGCCACGAUUUGAACAGCGUGUCUUCUAAUGGUGACGUGCCCCGGCUAGGCAACGGCGCCUUGUCCCGGAUAGACGUGCGGUACGCGGCCACGUACGGGAACCCGCAUCUGAGGAGCGGCACGGCACUCGGUUUCUCGCAAGUGAACACGGCCAAGCCAGCCUCCACGCCGGCACCGCCGCCCUACUCCUCCAUUCGGAGUUCUGUGGUGCUGCCGUCAGGCACAUCAUCCCACUCGAUCACGUCUAGAACGAGUGUCUCCACCCCGCAGUGUGCCACCAGCCCACUCACCACCUCCGUUUCUACUGAUAGCACGGCUCCACAGCCAUCAGCAGCGACAUCUAUCGCGACGCCGGCGUCCCCUAGCGGCGGGAGCGCGCACUACGUGCUGGCGCCCUCUACAAGGAUCACGAGCAACAACACCAUUGUCACUAAAAAAGGAAAUCUUCAAUCACCAAUGGCAACGCACGUAUAA